UAGUUGUUUAGUUUCCAAGUUUAGCAUACGGUACCAAUAUUGCAGUAAGCUUCACUAUAAAUUGCCCCAAUGCAGAAAUGAUUCUGACAUACAGACAUAAAAAAGUGAAACACUGGAAAGGCAGAAAGAUAUACAACAGAAGUUUGUAACCUACAUUUAUGCCAAACUUCCAUUAUCUGGUAUCAUUACGUUACGUGCACAAAAAUCAAAAUGGUUGAAGGAAGCAACUCUAGUAAGCCAUCCAGUAAUAUGAAUGGUGAAAUUGAUUAUUGCAAUGGUGAAAUUGACCAGCAAGAUAGUCUCUUACCAGCUGAGGUUUUGAUGGAGUCUGAUUUUUUCAAUGGGAUUGAAAAGGAGACCAAGAAACCUGAUUCAGGUGAAGCAAUUGUUAGAGAGAAAUGGUCUCGAAAAACUGAUUUUCUUCUGUCCGUUGCUGGUGGAUUUGUGGGAUUGGGGAAUGUGUGGCGAUUUCCGUAUCUUUGCUACAAGAAUGGAGGAGGUGCUUUUUUGAUACCUUAUGUUGUAUUCAUGAUUGGUGGAGGUAUUCCUAUCUUUUUUCUUGAAGUCGCUCUUGGGCAGUAUAUGUCAGAAGGUGGCGUAACAAGUUGGAAAUUAGUCCCAAUUGCAAAAGGAAUUGGAUACGCUUCCAUGGUGAUAGUCAGCCUUCUCAACAUUUACUACAUUGUUAUUCUUGCCUGGGCAGUCUUCUACUUAUUCCAAAGUUUUACGCUGGACCUACCCUGGGCUAAAUGUGGCGAAUACUGGAACACUCCAUGCUGCGUGGAGGACUUUAAAACCCUUAAGCAACUCAGUAAUAAUACGAACUUUCUCAAUGCCACUGCAAACCAAAGUAGCAACAGCUCCAUUUGGUCUUCCACCACCGCCUCAAGUCAAGCCACAACCACUUCAGGGUAUCUCGUCAACACGUCGUUAUGCGAAGGAAACUUCACCAGCCCCGAAACAGAAUUCUGGGAACGACGAGUUCUCGGCCUCUCCUCCGGGCUUGGUGAUAUAGGUGGUAUUAGAUGGGAAUUGGCUUUGUGCUUGCUGGCGUCGUGGGUGAUUUGCUACUUCUGCAUUUGGAAAGGAGUGAAGUCCACCGGGAAGGUCGUUUAUUUUACCGCCACAUUUCCAUUCGUUAUGCUUAUCGUUCUACUUGUCAGAGGUGUGACAUUACCCGGUGCUGUAGACGGAAUUUACUUUUAUCUGGUGCCGCAAUGGGAGAGACUUUCAGAUCCACAGGUGUGGUUAGACGCUGGAACUCAGAUCUUUUUUUCCUAUGCGAUUUGUCUUGGUGCUAUGGUGUCUCUAGGAAGUUAUAAUAAGUACCAUAACAACUGUUUUAAGGAUUGCAUCGCACUUAGUCUUUUGAACUCUGGAACGAGCUUUAUCAGCGGCUUUGCGAUUUUCAGCGUCCUCGGAUUUAUGGCAAACGAAAGAGGCGUGGACAUAUCGGAAGUCGCCGAGUCUGGUCCGGGUCUGGCCUUUAUAGCUUAUCCCAAAGCAAUUACUAUGAUGCCGCUUUCAACACUGUGGGCAAUUUUGUUUUUCAUAAUGAUUAUACUACUGGGACUUGAUAGCCAGUUCGUCGAAGUUGAAGGCUUUGUGACGUCGUUCGUUGACCUCUACCCUAAGCAAUUACGCAGAGGUCGUAAUCGAGAGCUAUUCAUAGCUGCAGUGUGUUUUGUGUCCUAUCUGAUAGGGCUUCUUAUGGUUACCAACGGUGGCAUGUACCUGUUUCAAUUAUUCGACUACUACGCGGCCAGUGGAGUUUGUCUGUUGUGGGUGGCCUUUUUCGAGUCCGGAUGUAUAGCUUGGAUAUAUGGUGCUGAGAAGAUGUGGAUGAAAAUUACAAACAUGAUCGGUUAUCGCCCGAUGCCGAUCAUCAAAUACUUGUGGCUUAUUGUUACUCCUGUUUUAACCACGGCGACUUUCAUCUACUCGAUGGUGAAGUUCAAGCCUCUGAAGUACAACAAGGUGUACGAAUAUCCUGCAUGGGGCGAAGGUAUUGGCUGGAUCUUGGCCCUCAGUUCUAUCAUGUUCAUACCAGGAUACGCUAUAUACAAGAUGUUGACCACAAGUGGGACUCUUUCCGAGAGAUGGGAGACAUUGACCACACCCCAAUUGCGUAGAACGCAUCCGGAUUACGAAGACGACCGCGAAAAGGAAUUAGUUUGUGUAACACAAGUCGGCGCUAUUUACCACCAAGAAGAUAAGAUUGACACUGUGCUUUCGCCUCCUCCUGUGCUAUCGCCUCCUCCUGAUUAUGAUGAGGCCAGUAAAAUGAUUUGAUAAAACCUUUUAUUUUUGGUCAUUUGGAGCGCUCCAAACUAAUCUGUGGAAAAUGCUUUUGCAAGACUCUUUAGUUAGUAGAAGGUAGUGAUCAUUGCAUUUUAUUACUUGUAGAUUGUGUGAUUCUUAAAAACAUGAAUUAAAAUCGUCAUAGCGA